AGUUGACCCUUGUCACGUGACGAUGGGAAGGGAGCCUCUUAUGUUUACACAUCAAUGCGUGCAAGAGCAGUUGCGAACUGUGUAAUCGUUUAAAUAUUUCGCUUUCGUUUCUUUAUAAAUCUAAAAUUGAAACUUUGCAAAUCGAAAUAUUAAAGAGUGCAAAAGGGUAACGACGUUACCGGGAGAUUCAAGACCGGAGUUUUGCACGCACGCAGAGUGUUGUAGCUAACGUUAGCCAGCUAGCAUUACAUUAGCUUACCAUAGGUGUCAUGGACGAGCUAGCGGUUGAAGUCAGGGGGACAAGUGGGGCUUUUUACAAGGUGGGUUGGUAACGUUAGCUAGCUAGCUACUAGUUCUAGUUUGUUGAAUGCGUUUUUGUUGCAAAGCGGUGUCCAUUAAUUUUUUUGCAUUGAGUCAGUCAGUGAGCUAUCUUGCUACCAGUUAGCUAGCUAGGGGGUAACGCGUCAGGCCCAGACAAAACAGACAGUACAGCCUUAUUCUAUCACAGUCGGACAAUGCUAGCUAACAACAUAUCUAAAGUUGUUUCAAUAAGGUCAUCAGUAAUUUGAGUUUAUUGUCGUUGAUGGCAUUUUUUAUUUCGUCAAGUAACGUUAGUUUCAGCUGUUGGCUAAAUAAUAUUUUAACGUUAAUAAGCCUUGCUUGCUAGCUAUCUAGCAGUCAAUGAGAUUCAAAUAUUUUUGGCUUUGACCUCUUGUUGGCUCAAUGACGGUCUGCCUUUGCUUCAUGUCUUGUAUUUUCUCAACCCUUUUCUCGUUUUAGGGAUAUUUGAAGGAUGUUCAUGAAAGUGCUGUCACUGUGUCCUUUGAAAACAAGUGAGUGUUUGGUUUCCGGCAACAUAAGAGGCCUUUAUACUGCUCUCAAAUGUAAUGUAGCCUGUCCAGCUAGUUUGUAGUUACAGUAGUUAGCUAAAUAGCAACACAGUAAGCUACUUUGAAUCAGACCCAGGCAUUGUGUAAUAUAUAUGAGAUAAAUAUGAGAGAUCCAUAGUUAACCACCAUGGACUACAUGUCAACUAUAACUAGUUGUACUUGCAAAUAACAAUUGGUAUCUCUUUCAUUGACACUUGUUAAGUUGUUGAUUCAUUUCCACUUGUGAAGUGCCCUGGUUUCAUUUGUUUAUUUCUAUUCUUUCAGUUGGCAGCCAGAGCGUCAAAUUCCCUUCCAUGAUGUUAGAUUUCCUCCAACAACAGGUUUUCAGAAAGAGAUAAACGAGAGUGAUGAAGUUGAGGUAUGUGCUGUAAGUAAUGGAUAAGGACUUCCCUCCCACUAGUCAAUGUCAAUUAAUCCUAAUACUUUGCUGAUUGUGAGUAGGCUAGGUUAUACAAUGGCAGCUCGAUAGUUUCUUGAAAGCAGAAGGGAACUGCUGUUUUGUGUUCUUUCUGUUUGGUUAUUCACAGGGUUUUGUUGAAUGUGUAUCUCAAACAAUUGUAAUGGAUAUCAGUGAGAAGAACUCAACAAGAUGUACUUAAUCAAAUAUUAUCCACUGUUCUAUCCACAGGUUUAUUCUAGGGCUAAUGAUAAAGAACCAUGUGGGUGGUGGCUGGCAAAGGUCCGGAUGGUGAAGGGAGAGGUAAGUCCAAUGCAGCGGUUCAAGCGAGAGUUUGCAUUCAUUUAUUAUUAUUAUGUAGCUAUUGUAAUAUUGUCAUGAUGAUCCCCAUGAUAGUCUCUUCUUCUCAGUUUUAUGUCAUAGAGUAUGCAGCUUGUGAUGCCACGCUCAAUGAAAUAGUCACAUUAGAGAGGUUACGGCCUGUCAACCCAAACAAGCCAGCUACAAAAAACUCCUUCCUGAAAAUUCACCUAGACGUCCCGGAGGACUUGCGGCAAAUGUAAGUAGGCCUAUUCUUCAAGGCUUUUUCAAGUAAAGUACUAGAGUUAUAUGUUUUCAUUGCUGCCAUAUGUGACUUGGUUUUGAGGCUUAUGUGUGACUAUUGCUAUGGGGGCAAAACGGUUUUCUGUUCUUAGGUGUUCGAAAGACUCUCAUAAAGAUUUUAAGAAGGCAGUGGGAGCAUUCAAUGUCACUUAUGACUCAGACAAAAGACAGCUUGUUAUUCUGGUAUGUUCGAUUCUUUUUCUGGCUUCUCAAAGUUUCAGAACUCGAUCCCUGUUAGGUAUUGUUUAAUACAUUUCCCGUAUAAUUUCUCUGAUUUUAGUCUGUGAACGAGGUUACAACCAAAAGGGCGCAGAUGCUGAGCGACAUGCAUUUCCGGAGCCUGCGCACCAAGCUGUCCCUAAUGCAGAGGAACGAGGAGGCUAGCCGCCAACUGGAGGUAAGUAAAGUUUAAACACACUCACACACUCGCAAAUCACACAUUGUCAAACACAUUAGCUAGGUUUCCAUCCAAUUGGCGAAAUAUUUUCUUGCGAAUAUUCUAAAAUCUGCAUAAAAAUAAUAUGCACAUUUUCCCACCAGAGAAUUUUCUAUCAAAUGGAUUUGUUGCAGAUAAAAGGCUGUGCGUGAUGACAUACUGUACAUAAAAAUACCUUUUGCGGUUAAAUUCCCAUGUACUGACUAAAAAAGACAAGGUCAGUGGGUUUCCAUCGCAUUUUCAACUCUACUGAUGGUUUUCUCACAAAAAUGUUGCGUUAUAUAGCGAGUGUGCCCACUCAGGUAUUGGCCUACAUGAUGAGAUUAUUAUGGAGAAAGGAUAAAGAUGGUUUUUAUUUAUCAAACGGCAGCCAAUAAGACCCUCAAUAUUUAUUGGAAGGAGCAUCAAGCUCAUCACCUUGCACUUUCACCACCAUGUAAAGUUCGUCGUCAUUUAUUUCAUCUGUAGCCUAAUAAACUUCAUGCUUUCCCAAUGAGUCAUAGUGGGAGGACCACACAUUUCAUCACUUGACCCCAAGUUUACUUCGAUAUGAUGGUUAUUAUAUCAAUAUUUACACAUAAAAGCAUUUCCACCGACAUUUCUCGCAUCAUUCAUUUAACCGACACAAAAAGAUCCCACCUUGUCUAGCGUAUAUUGUUUUGUCGACAUUUGGAAAGUUUACCGAAACAUUUUCUGGUUCCAUCAGGCCUGUCAUUAUGUUUUUUAUCCAACAUAUACUUUACUCGCACAAAAAGAUUGGAUGGAAACCUGCUUAUUGUCUCAAAUUAAGACAAAGCCAUGUUAGCGUUGUUAACCUCUAUAGGCUGUCUCUCUGCAUGAGGUGAACUUCGGUUAAGCUAUGCGUGGGGUUAUGGUUUGUGUGCAGAGCUCUCGGCAACUUGCAUCAAGGUUCCAUGAGCAGUUUGUGGUCCGAGAUGACCUGAUGGGGCUGGCCAUCGGGACCCAUGGUGCCAACAUCCAGCAGGCCAGGAAAGUACCUGGGGUCACCACCAUAGACCUGGAUGAAGAGACCUGCACCUUCCACAUCUAUGGCGAGGUAAGGAGCUCACCACACAAGUAGCACAAAUAUGGAAGCUCACAAACCUCUACUCACAAGCUAUAUUUACUUGGUCAUACUAGUGUUAUACAUACAGUACCAGUCAAAAGUUUGGACACACCUACUCAUUCCAGGGUUUUUCUUUAUUUUUACUAUUUACUACAUUGUAGAAUAAUAGUGAAGACAUCAAAACUAUGAAAUAAUACAUAUGGAAUCAUGUAGUAACCAAAAAAGUGUUAAACAAAUCAAAAUAUAUUUGAGAUUCUUCAAAGUUGCCACCCUUUGCCUUGAUGACAGCUUUGCACACUCUUGGCAUUCUCUCAACCAGCUUCAUGAGGUAGUCACCUGGAAUGCAUUUCAAUGAACAGGUGUGCCUUGUUAAAAGUGGAAUUUCUUUCCUUCUUAAUGCGUUUCAGCCAAUCAGUUGUGUUGUGACAAGGUAGGGGUGGUAUAUAGAAGAUGGGUCUUUUACCAAACAGAGCUAAGUCCAUAUUAUGACAAGAACAGCUCAAAUAAGCAAAGAGAAACAACAGUCCAUCAUUACUUUAAGACAUGAAGGUCAGUCAAUGCAGAACAUUUCAAGUUUCUUCAAGUGCAGUCGCAGAAACCAUCAAGCGCUAUGAUAACUUGCUCUCAUGAGGACCGCCACAGGAAAGGAAGACCCAUAGUCACCUCUGCUGCAGAGGAUAAGUUAAUUAGUUACCAGCCUUAGAAAUUGCAGCCUAAAUAAAUGUUUCACAGAGAUCAAGUAACAGACACAUCUCAACAUCAACUGUUCAGAGGAGACUGCGUGAAUCAGGCUUUCAUGGUCGAAUUGCUGCAAAGAAACCACUACUAAAGGACACCAAAAAGACCAGAGCAAUGGACAUUUAGACCGGUGGAAAUCUGUCCUUUGGUCUGAUGAGUCCAAAUUUCAGAAUUUUGGUUCCAACCGCCGUGUCUUUGAAAGAGACGCAGAGUAGGUGAACAUUGAUCUCUGCAUGUGUGGUUCCAACCGUGAAGCAUGGAGGAGGUGGUGUAGGGGUGCUUUGCUGGUGAUACUGUCUGUGAUUUAUUUAGAAUUCAAGGCACACUUAACCAGCAUGGCUUCCACAGUUUGCGCUUAGUGGGACUAUCAUUUGUUUUUCAACAGGACAAUGACCCUAAACAAACCUCCAGGCUGUGUAAGGGCUAUUUGACCAAGGAGAGUGAUGGAGUGCUGCAUCAGAUGACCUGGCCUCCACAAUCACCCAACCUCAACCAAAUUGAGAUAGUUUGGGAUGAGUUGGACCGCAGAGUGAAGGAAAAGUUGCCAAUAAGUGCUCAGCAUAUGUGGGAAAACCUUCAAGACUAUUGCAAAAGCAUUCCUCAUGAAGCUGGUUGAGAGAAUGCCAAGAGUGAGCAAAGCAUUCAUCAAGGCAAAAGGUGGCUACUUUGAUUUGUUUAACACUUUCUUUGGUUAAUACAUUAUUCCAUAUGUGUUAUUUCAUACGUUUGAUGUCUUCACUAUUAUUCUACAAUGUAGAAAAUAGUAAAAAUAAAGAUAAACACUUGAAUGAGUAGGUGUCCAAAUAUUUGACAGGCAAUGUAGUUGUAUUUUAUCUCCUCUGGGUCUUUUCAAUUGCAAUUCAAUUGCAGGACCAAGAGGCAGUCCGCAAGGCUAGGAGUUUCUUGGAAUUUUCUGAAGAUGUCAUCAAAGUACCAAGGAAUUUAGUGGGUAAAGUAGAAGAUAAAAUUGUGUUCUGUUUGAAAAUUCAUCAAAACUCAGUCUCCAUUUUAUCAUCAUUCAUAAUCUAAUACCACAUCUCCUUUGCUAGGGAAAGUAAUUGGGAAAAAUGGGAAGUUGAUCCAGGAAGUAGUGGAUAAAUCUGGUGUUGUUCGAGUUCGGAUCGAGGCUGAGAACGACAAGAAGCCACCUCCAGUGGAUGAGGUAAGUUAGUGGUCUAAGGCACUGCAUCGCAGUGCUAACUGUGCCACUAGAGAUCCUGGUUCGAAUCCAGGCUCUGUCGCAGCCGGCCACGACCGGGAGACUCAUGGGCGGCGCACAAUUGGCCCAGCGUCGUCCAGGGUAGGGGAGGGAAUGGCUGGCAGGGAUGUAGCUCAGUUGAUAGAGCAUGGCGUUUGCAACGCCAGGGUUGUGGGUUCGAUUCCCACGGGGGGCCAGUAUAAAAAAAAAAAAAAUCACUAACUGUAAGUCGCUCUGGAUAAGAGCGUCUGCUAAAUGACUAAAAUGUAAUGUAAAUGUAAGUGGCUAGAAUUAAAGUAACUCUGUAUUGACUUGAAUUGGUUUCUACUGAUGACUUUGGAUUCAAUCUGUCCUCAUUAGAUCAUGUCUGUUUGUUUCUCUUACAGGGCAUGGUGCCGUUUGUCUUUGUGGGUACAAAGGAAAGCAUUUCCAAUGCUAAAGUACUGUUGGACUAUCAUCUCAACUAUUUGAAGGUUAGAAGCUUGCCCCUAUUGCUCUGCUAAAAUCUGCAACAUGAUUCUGUUCCUUUUAUGGAUGUUAAGAUAAUUGCCACUUAGCAGACGCUUUGAUCGAAAGACUGAAAUCAGGAGUUUGUUUACUAUUGACCGUUUACUGUUCUGUUGACUUUAUCAGAAUGAUAGGUUCUGCCAAACUUUCCCUAUUAGAUAUAUGGGUUACUUUUAAAUAAGUAAGGUGCUAUUGAAUACAGACAUGAUACAGACACACUGUCUCUCCCUGUAGGAAGUGGACCAGCUGCGCAUGGAGCGGCUGCAGAUAGAUGAGCAGCUGAGGCAGAUUGGGGGAGGAGGCCCCAGGGCCCCGGGGACUGGACGGCCUGACAACAAUAUCUUCAUCGUGGACAACGGUGGCAUGGGCCUGAUGGGCAUGGGCUCCCAGAGAGGAGGGAAGCCGUUCAGCAGGGGAGGAGGAGGCCGUGGCCGACGCGGCGGUCCCUCUUUUGCCUCCGGUAUGUAACUGGAAAGAGUGGAGCUGUAUCUGCAUGUCCAUAUGGAACAGUAGGCUAUGUCCAGAAGGCACUGAUUGUCUUCUAAACUCAGCAAAAAAAGAAACGUCCUCUCACUGUCAACUGCGUUUAUUUUCAGCAAACUUAACGUGUAAAUAUUUGUAUGUACAUAACAAGAUUCAACAACUAAGACAUAAACUGAACAAGUUCCACAGACAUGUGACUAACAGAAAUGGAAUAAUGUGUCCCUGAACAAAGGGGGGGGGGGGGUCAAAAUCAAAAGUAACAGUCAGUAUCUGGUGUGGACAUUAUGUACUGCAGUGCAUCUCCUCCUCAUGGACCAGAUUAGCCAAUUCUUGCUGUGAGAUGUUACCCCACUCUUCCACCAAGGCACCUGCAAGUUCCCUGACAUUUCUGGGGGGAAUGGCCCUAGCCCUCACCCUCCGAUCCAACAGGUCCCAGACGUGCUCAAUGGGAUUGAGAUCCGGGCUCUUUGCUGGCCAUGGCAGAACACUGACAUUCCUGUCUUGCAGGAAAUCACUCACAGAACGAGCAGUAUGGCUGGUGGCAUUGUCAUGCUGCAGGGUCAUAUCAGGAUGAGCCUGCAGGAAGGGUACCACAUGAGGGAGGAGGAUGUCUUCCCUGUAACGCACAGCAUUGAGAUUGCCUGCAAUGACAACAAGCUCAGUCCGAUGAUGCUGUGACACACUGCCCCAGACCAUGACGGACCCUCCACCUCCAAAUCGAUCCCGCUCCAGAGUACAGGCCUCGGUGUAACGCUCAUUCCUUCGACGCUAAACACGAAUCCGACCUUCACCCCUGGUGAGACAAAACUGUGACUCAUCAGUGAAGAGCACUUUUUGCCAGUCCUGUCUGGUCCAGCGAUGGUGUGUUUGUGCCCAUAGUUGUUGCCGGUGAUGUCUGGUGAGGACCUGCCUUACAACAGGCCUACAAGCCCUCAGUCCAGCUCUCUCAGCCUAUUGCGGACAGUCUGAGCACUGAUGGAGGGAUUGUGCGUUCCUGGUGUAACUCGGGCAGUUGUUGUUGCCAUCCUGUACCUGUCCUGCAGGUGUGAUGUUUGGAUGUACCGAUCCUAUGCAGGUGUUGUUACACGUGGUCUGCCACUGCGAGGACGAUCAGCUGUCCGUCCUGUCUCCCUGUAGCACUGUCUUAGGCAUCUGAGUACGGACAUUGCAAUUUAUUGCCCUGGCUACAUCUGCAGUCCUCAUGCCUCCUUGCAGCAUGCCUAAGGCACGUUCACGCAGAUGAGCAGGGACCCUGGGCAUCUUUCUUUUGGUGUUUUUCAGAGUCAGUAGAAAGGCCUCUUUAGUGUCCUAAGUUUUCAUAACUGUGACCUUAAUUGCCUACCGUCUGUAAGCUGUUAGUGUCUUAACGACCGUUCCACAGGUGCAUGUUCAUUUAAUUGUUUAUGGUUCAUUGAACAAGCAUGGGAAACAGUGUUUAAACCCUUUACAAUGAAGAACUGUGAAGUUAUUUGUAUUUUUACAAAUUGUCUUUGAAGGACAGGGUCCUGAAAAGGGGAUGUUUCUUUUUUUGCUGAGUUUGUUUUACUGUAUGUUCAUACUCAACAUAUGGCUCAUCUUACUGUAGUUAAACAGUUCAGCCUCAUUUCCUUAUUCUUUUCACAAUACUAGGGCUAUAAGGGACUGAGUGGAACUCGGUGAGUUGGUGAUUAUUUGCAGGAUAACUAAUUAUCGGUCUCACCAGGCACCAACUCUGAGGCUUCCAAUGCGUCUGAGACAGAGUCGGAUCACAAGGACGAGCUGAGUGACUGGUCUCUGGCUCCCACUGAUGAGCUGACCGGGGGCUUCCCCAAAAGACCCGAUACACGCAAGAGAGGAGGAGGAGGGCCUCGCGGACGGGGAGGGAGAGGAAGAGGGGGAGGCUUCAAAGGUCUACUCUUCUUAUUCGAACUAGCCUAUCUAUUCUUACUAUAAUACCCCUGCUGUGCAAGGGCCCAGUUUCACUGUCUUUACAUAAAUGCAUUCGUUGCGUUAGUGUUUUAUGUACUGCUGUAUGAGUCAGAGUAAUGAUACAAUCAUUCUGCCAUAAAAACAUUUGAGAUGCUGUAUAUUACCUUGUCUGUCUCUGUAGCUGAAGACAUCCAGUGGACUGAGUCACGCUCACGGAAUACCAGAGACCCUAAGCUGAGGCCUCAGGAAGAUUCUUUGCAGGUGAGGAAUUCCUGGCAGCAGCCUCAGAUAUUUCAAUAACUGUUGCUGUGUCAUAACACUACCACUAGAUGUCACCAUGUACUGUUUCAAGACCUCUGAUGGGAAAUGUAGAUAAUCAUACAUUUGUAUGAACUUGAUUUUGUCAUUUGGUGAUAAAAUGAGCCAUUUUGCAACUUAGUCAUUGACCUUUGACAGAGGCUUAACAGGUAGCAGAUAAUGGACCCUAUCAGAUAUUUAUGUAGUUAGUGCUGCAUAUGAACUAUUGUACAAUGUAUGCUCCCUGCAUAUAAAAACCACGAAGACUGCCGGAAAGGCCUGAAUGCAAGAUGGUAAUCUUGAUGACUCGCAUGGUGAGUCUACUGUAGCCUACUGUACAUGGUAAGCUGGUACACACCAAGUUGUACUUCAUGUUUUUGUAUGGAAACGGCUGAGAUUGUUCUACAAUAUUCACAACAUAUUGACACAAUUACAAUCUUUAUAGAAUAAAAAUCGAAUUUCAUCAAUUACAUAAAUGUAUUUGAGGGAAUAUUAUCAAGCCAGCAGCAGAUAAAACAGAAAGUGAAUUCUCUCCUCCAACUCUCCCCAGUCUUAGCUUGCGGCUCUCACUGUCUAGCUGGCUAGCUUUAGGAUAUUUACUAGCCCAUAACAGAUACAAACUUUGCUAUUUUAUCGACAAACGGCAGUACACAAACAAAUCCAGUUAGAAAGAAACAGCCACAAAUUCAUUCAGAAACGGAGAAAGAGAAUAGCUGGCUAUAGCAAGCUAACGUUAGCUGAUGCCUCUUCAACAAGAAGCAACGGUGACAACAUUUUAUACUAAGAUAAAAAAAAUUACUUUCCCAUUGAACAAAAUCCACAAUCCACCACUCCAAAGAAAGCCUGUCUCCGGGACUUCUCCAAAAUGACCCCAGAUCUGCUAUCAGAUCCUGCUACCACACAAAGCUUGGCCAUCUUGAUGAAUAAAAAUGCAAUUGCUAGCUAGCUCCAUACUACUAACCCACAAGUUUUAUUUUGUUUUGUUAUUUUACCCACAAGUAGAUGAAGGGUGAGCAUGGAUUUUUAUUUCCUCACUGUGUAGCUGACCGCGAGGCGUUGUGUGAUUGUUUCCGAAGUUAGAGCUGAUAUGGAGAACCUCAUACCCAACUUUUAGGACAGUAUUACAUUAUUAUACAAAUGUAUUUAGAAGUUUGUAAUUUGGGAAUGUUUUCUUGGGGUGCUCUAAGUUACUAUUAUAUGCAUUUCUGGCAUUGAUAAAUAGCUGCUACAUGCCCUUUUUUAAGCUUAAUUUAAAUUGGAGAGACAUGGGAACAACAGUUUGAGCUCCGACAUCUGAGUUUUUCACCACACAACUGACACAAUUUAUAACAGUGCUGAUUUAAUGGUCACCUGUGGCAUGUGCAAACAUAAAGCGAUAGCACGUUGGCCGACACUAUCGAAUAGAAAUGCAUCUGGCGGGCGGGCAGACUGUUCCAAACUCUAAUUCACCUGUAACUGACGCUACUCAGUUGUCCUGCAUCUCCCCAAUCUACCUUCUCAUACAGUAUCCUCUGGUCCCACAGAUCCGAGUGGACGGUAACAAUGAGAGGAGUGUGCAUGCUGCAGCCAGAGGUCCCCCGGGCCCCGCAGGUGACGGAACUGGCCCCGGAGCAAACCGACAGAGACCCAUCAAAGAGCGAUCUAUCAAGAAGGAGAAGCAGGAGGGCCCUAGUGGCUUAGCCACUGCCGGGCCCCCGAUGGUGGUGAACGGGGUGUCGUAGACGGGGCCGACGGAAGGCACCCUCGUCUCUCUCACACACGUCUCUCUCACACACACCACGCCAUCAAUCCAGAAGCUUCUUCAUUAGAGACACGUUAGGCCAAAGAGGACAGGUCAGGGCUAAAAUUAAGCACACUUUGGACAAACCAACUCUGGCAGCAUCAGCGGCAGGUGGAUGGGGUGUUGGGCGGGUUACUGUGUACAGGGAAGGAGCCAUCUACGGUUUUAGGUGUUAACGGGAGAAGGCAAACUGAGACUGUAUUUUUCUAAUUGACAUUGUUGACAACUACCUAUCAGACUAUUAAAAGCUGUGGGGAGAAAAUGUUUAAAACAAAAAGAGGGGCCACCAUGAUGAAUCUGUAUUUCUAAAAGGAUAUGGUUUUCUAUCACUUGUUCAUGUACUAGCGUUUUCUCCGGAUAGAGGGUUGGAUUGUUUGGUCCUUCCUGCCCUCUCUCUGUCAUGAUGUGUUUAUGGAGCCCUGUGUCACAAUGGAAUAUAGAACUCAUUACCAUGUGAGGUCAUGGCUGCAUCAUUAGCAAAAAAAAAAAAAAAGAAUAACCCUCCUCUCUGAUCUGUGCCUUUAUCUCGUGUGGAUAGUAUUACAAAUAGAAGUCAAUCAGGGAAGAAGACGACAUUGGAAAACAGUAAUGGAUUUUACGCAUAUGUAGUGAACACACAGCUCACCUUCCAAAAAAAUGAAACAUUUGUUUUUUUAACCUUGCAAUGCAUGUAGGCUACAUCUUUAUCAUAGGUUUCGACAUCGGCGAAAGUCAGUAAUCUGAGUUUUCUAAAGCGUCGUUUCCUUGUGCUGAAUAUUGCUUGAAUAGGGAUGCUGAUUGACUUUUUCUAGCCAGUGAUAAAGCAUUUCUCUUUUUUAAAGGGUGAAAUGACCAUGAACUCAAUAUCUAUCUUACCAUAGAAUCGCAGUGGAGAAAGAUGCUGGGGGUUUAUUUGUGAAUUUUGAUUCAAGUCUCAACAGAUUCAUGUCAUUUCACACUAUGGCUACAUUUAAUGGAGAUCAUUAGAUUCAGAUAUGACUCCAUAUUGUCAACACUGUACAGUACCUUAUGACAGAAGCACUUAUAUAUGGACCUUUUAACAUGAACUACAGUGAGGGGGAAAAAAAGUAUUUGAUCCCCUGCUGAUUUUGUACGUUUGCCCACUGACAAAGACAUGAUCAGUCUAUAAUUUUAAUGGUAAGUUUAUUUGAACAGUGAGAGACAGAAUAAAAAAAUCCAGAAAAACGCAUGUCAAAAAUGUUAUAAAUUGAUUUGCAUUUUAAUGAGAGAAAUAAGUAUUUGACCCCUCUGCAAAACAUGACUUUGUACUUGGUGGCAAAACCCUUGUUGGCAAUCACAGAGGUCAGACGUUUCUUGUAGUUGGCCACCAGGUUUGCACACAUCUCAGGAGGGAUUUUGUCUCACUCCUCUUUGCAGAUCUUCUCCAAGUCAUUAAGGUUUCGAGCCUGACGUUUGGCAACUCGAACCUUCAGCUCCCUCCACAGAUUUUCUAUGGGAUUAAGGUCUGGAGACUGGCUAGGCCACUCCAGGACCUUAAUGUGCUUCUUCUUGAGCCACUCCUUUGUUGCCUUGGCCGUGUGUUUUGGGUCAUUGUCAUGCUGGAAUACCCAUCCACGACCCAUUUUCAAUGCCCUGGCUGAGGGAAGGAGGUUCUCACCCAAGAUUUGACGGUACAUGGCCCCGUCCAUCGUCCCUUUGAAGCGGUGAAGUUGUCCUGUCCCCUUAGCAGAAAAACACCCGCAAAGCAUAAUGUUUCCACCUCCAAGUUUGAUGGUGGGGAUGGUGUUCUUGGGGUCAUAGGCAGCAUUCCUCCUCCAAACACGGCGAGUUGAGUUGAUGCCAAAGAGCUCCAUUUUUGGUCUAAUCUGACCACAACGCUUUCACCCAGUUCUCCUCUGAAUCAUUCAGAUGUUCAUUGGCAAACUUCAGACGGGCCUGUAUAUGUGCUUUCUUGAGCAGGGGGACCUUGCGGGCGCUGCAGGAUUUCAGUCCUUCACGGCGUAGUGUGUUACCAAUUGUUUUCUUGGUGACUAUGGUCCCAGCUGCCUUGAGAUCAUUGACAAGAUCCUCCCGUAUAGUUCUGGACUGAUUCCUCACCAUUCUCAUGAUCAUUGCAACUCCACAAGGUGAGGUCUUGCAUGGAGCCCCAGGCUGAGGGAGAUUGACACUGAUUUUGUGUUUCUUCCAUUUGCGAAUAAUCGCACCAACUGUUGUCACCUUCUCACCAAGCUGCUAGCGAUGGUCUUGUAGCCCAUUCCAGCCUUGUGUAGGUCUACAAUAUUGUACCUGACAUCCUUGGAGUGCUCUUUGGUCUUGGCCAUGGUGGAGAGUUUGGAAUGUGAUUGAUUGAUUGCUUCUGUGGACAGGUGUGUUUUAUACAGGUAACAAACUGAGAUUAGGAGCACUCCCUUUAAGAGUGUGCUCCUAAUCUCAGCUCGUUACCUGUAUAAAAGACACCUGGGAGCCAGAAAUCUUUCUGAUUGAGAGGGGGUCAAAUACUUAUUUCCCUCAUUAAAAUGCAAAUGAAUGUAUAACAUUUUUGACAUGUGUUUUUCUGGAUUUUUGUUGGUAUUCUGUCUCUCACUGUUCAAAUAAACCUACCAUUAAAAUUAUAGACUGAUCAUUUCUUUGUCAGUGGGCAAACGUACAAAAUCAGCAGGGUAUCAGAUACUUUUUUCCCUCACUGUAUGUCAAACUGGGAAGCGAUAUUGAGCACAUGGUCCUUUCAUCAUACAUUGACCAACAAUCACUUUCCUGUUGGUUUUUCAUUUCAAAGUGUCAAUGGAAAGACUGGCACAAACACAUCUCUCGAACACUAAUAUAUUGUUCAUAAGAUAUUGACAAUUGGUCAUUAGAUUGUAAAUUAUAAAAAUAAGGGGGUUGCAUACUGUAUAUUAUCUCAUUUGUUUAAAAUAGUUUUUUGCUAUUGUUUUGGACUGAACUUCAAAUGUGCACUUAUCAUUAUUUUUGGUUUAUCUGCAACUAAAUAAUAUGAACCAUAAUAAAUUAUGUGAUAAGAUUUCUUCAGCAGGUGAAUCACAUGAAUGCUGUCAAAAAUAUUACCAAGUUUAGAUAACCCUAUAGCUAACUCUGAGUCUACUGUACCUUUGCUGAAUGGAGGAUGAAGUUUAGUCCCAUGUUAUAACCAUAUGUCUUAUAUCGGAUCAGUGCUUGUGCAUUAAAACUUUAGUUUACAGUUGAGGGGAAAAAAACUACUGUGAGGGUAUUCCUAGUGUCUUGUUUUAAUAAUUGUCCUUGUUUUCUUGUUUACUCUUGCAACAUUGGAUGAUGUACAGCUAAUGGGCAUCAGUGAACAGCUGUCUGAGCAUCACUUGUGUCGCUGUUCUUUGCCAAUGUCCAAUUAAAAAAAUUGUCUUUCAGCAGGCUAACAGCCACUGCUCUCCCCAGCGUUAACAGUCAACAAUUGAACUGGACCCAGUCUGACUCAGUCUUUGGGAUUUUAUAUAAAUUAGAUAAGUAUGAUGAUGAAAUUACAUGGACAUUAAUUUAAUAUUUUGUACUAAUAGCGGAGUGGUGGGAUAAGUAAAAAAGCUUUUUAAAACAGACAGUUAUUGUGGGUUUAGCCCAGUUUAACGGUGCAGACUUGAAGAGAUGUUUGAUCAGAUUGUGAUGAACCGCCUGAGCAAUGUGGGCCAUGGUCUCUUCAGAAUGGCACCAUCCAUCUCGGAGUUUAUCUAACCCUGCCCGGGGCAUAAAUGGUUUACUCAGUAUUUUAAUGACGCAUCUAUCUGACACAGACAGUAAACUGACAAGGUGUUGCAGCUCAGCUCACAGUCUACUCUGUUGGCAAGGACAAGUCACAGUGUUGCCAAACAGAUUGUUUUCUAGGUAUUUAUUUUCGGAACGUAGAAGAGUCAAGAAAAAUAAAAUGGUAAAACAUUUAUUCUUGCACACAUUGUAGGGUGUUGUGGUUUGAAAGCAGAACUGAAACCAGAAAUACUGUAGAUAGUGAACCAACUGGGUAGAUGGACCUUGUAUGUUACUGCACUUUGGGUAAUAUUUUCUUUGUACAUAUUAGCGGGACAGAUUGGGCUUUAUGUUGACAUUGUUUGGUUAUAGUGCAAUAUAUUUUGUAUGCAAGCAGUUGCAAUAAAUAAAGGUUG